AUGGCAUCGCAUUGCGGACAAGCUUUUGGUAUCAAGAUGAAAGUGACUGUUUUCUUGCUGUGCCUGGCGUUGGCCGUGGUGCUGGGGCACGUCUAUGGCAUUGAUGAAGAGCUUGAAGAAUACAUGCUUGAAGAUAUGCUAGAUGAUGACGAUCAUGAUUUAGGUGACGUAGAGAUCCAGAACUGGUUCAAGAAGGCAUUUAACAAGGUUAAGAAAGCAGGCAAGACGAUUGGCAAUGGAAUCAAGAAGGGCGUCCAAUCAGGCUGUGGUAUGGUGAAUAGCAUUCCUUCAAAAGAAUUAACCUAUCGUAUGUCAGUGGCGUUUCCAGAGCUGAUUUCAGAAGACGUAGAAGAUGGGUAUUAUGAGACAGCCGACAUCAAGAAACUAGCCAAUGAUGUCCGCAAAGCGUGUGGGAUGAUCGGUUAAAUGUACUCAAGUAAAGGUCAAGUUCUUGCGGGUGAUCGAUAUUCUACCAUCAAUUCCAACAUGCUACAUCUUUACCAAACUUUAAAACAUGAUAAUUAUCAGGGAUGUUAAGUGCACACUGUGUUUUUAAAAAAAGAGUUAAUUAAAAAGUUGCUUCUUUCAGUUAAAACAAAAUAACCACAACAAAUAGCAGCAUU